AUGAAGAACAUUUUGGAGGAGAAUCCCGUCGAAGAGCAUGUGUUACCAACAGACGGUGAAGAAUCAUCUAAUGAACCAUCUGAUUCUGAUGGAUCUGUUGAAGAAGAAGAAUAUCUUCAUGACCUUGAGGACGAUGAUGAUGAUGUGAACGAUAUGGAUUAUGAAGAAGUAGCAGUAGAAGAAGCUAAUCAUGUUGACCUUGAGGACGAUGAUGAUGAUUUCAAUUUGGACAUUUACUCUCCUCGACCUAAUGAAGAAGUAGCAGAAGAAGAUAUCUUGCUACUAAGGAUAGAAGAAACUGUUGAAGUGCUGGAAAAAUUUAGUCAAUUGAGGCAACAAGGCUUCACAAGGUCUGAUUAUGUUGACCAGCUUAAAGAUGAUCUUGCUUCUCUUUACGUGUACAAUAGGUUUCUUAUUACAACUUUGGUGGAGGAUGGGCUUGUCAUUGGUGAUGGACAUGCAUGUCUCAUUGCUUUAACUCUUCAAUACAUGGUUGGGUGCUUUAUGAUUCAAAACAUUGGUUCCUUGUUCGAUGUAAUGACAUUAGAUCCAUAG